AUGGAUUUGAGUGGCCAUGAGUAUGAGGAGGGAUUACCUCACCCAUUCAAUGCUUCCAGCGUCAAUCACCGACAUGGAGGACAUGGGGACAAUUUUGAGCUUCCUACCGAAGAGAAACUUGAAUCGGUCGACGGGACCACUAUGGAAACUUUUCUUGACGACCAGGAGCAGAAAUCUAGCGUGUCCCUUAGUACACCCAACACUGAAUCUGAGGCAGAAGGGCCCAGUCUCAUUGAUUUAGUCAAGGGUGGCUUCGACCAGAUUACCGGCUCUCUCAGUGCCUUGUCCAAACAAGUCCAUGACCCAAGGAACUCGAAGGAAAUAGCCCGGAUCAAAAAGCAACUCGAGGAUGCGACCGAGAAGGAUCUCCGACUGACUACGGAGAACGCAGCCCUAGAAAUAAUCAUCAACACCACCAACGAGAAGCUCAGGUAUGCUACCGAGCGGAACCUUCGGUUGACGGCUGCGCACAAAGCCCUGGCAAUGAAACUUCAUAAUACAAACUCGAAACUCGAUAGAGCCCUCCAAGAUCGGAACGCCCAACGGUGUAACGCCGAUGGCGAUGCAUUGGCAGAUUCGAGGAAAGCUACGGAUGACACCGUCCAGAGCAAGUGGAAGCAACUCGACUAUAACAUUCGUAGUCUAGCUCAUUACUUGGCGGCAUCGCUGCCGAAACAAAUCAUGGGCAGUCUUUCAAAGGCGAAGUUUCGCCGCCUUCACCCUUCCUGGCGGAAAUUCCUCGAGGAUGACGACUUCAGAGAGCCCUUUUUGGAGUGCUAUUUGUGGCAUGUCGUCACGAACCAAGUCUUCGAUGCUUCUGGGAACAUCCACGGCGGUCAAAGUGACAUUCCCCGUUCCAUAAAAUCUACACAAAAGAAAAUGAUGGCGAGGGCUGUGAAAUCCGAGCACCACGCCUCGUUGUACCAGCGUUUGGCCCGAUGGCGUGCUCAAGGCUCAGCCCUGUUUGAAGAACUUCGGGAUAGCAACGAGAAGCAGCUCAACGAUGUCAUCUCGGCCGAAACUCGUUUGCUUCGACCAUUUUGGAGCGAAAAGCCUGGCAGUUCGGACAGAUCGGAAGUCAAAACAUGGGAUGAGAUGAAAGGCAUCCUAGAAGGUGCCUUGGAGCUCGACCGCCUGCUCAUGGGGUCCAAGGCUAUAUUUAAGGCUUGCUGGGAAAAUUCCAUGCGGAAAACAGCUAACCCACUCCGAUACAACCCGCACAAAAUGGACGUGGUUGCGUCGAACCAUCCAAUUUCGGCACGGAGCCAAGUGACAUUCUUCACAUCGCCAGUUCUCUUCAAGGUGGGCAAUGCCGAUGGCCAGAACUAUGACAAGGUUGCGGUGCUUGUCAAGGCAUCUGUCGUGUGCGAUUAG